AUGGCUGCUCACGUCGGGGUGCAGGCCCAGCGAGCAGAGAAGCAGAUAAAGGACGAGUUUGAGAAGCUACACUGCUUCCUGAGAGAGGAGGAGGUGGAGAGGCUAGCUGCACUGAAGGAGGAAGAGGAGGAGAAGAAUACAAGGAUGAAGGAGAGAGUGAAGGAGAUAAGUGAGAUGAUGUCAUCUCUGAUGGACACAAUCAGGGCUGUGGAGGAGAAGCUGGCAGUGGAUGAUGUGUUGUUUCUGCAGAGCUACAAGACUAUGAUGGAGAGAGCACAGAGUGCGUCUCAGGACCCACAGCUGGGCUCAGGAGCACUGAUCAACUUGGCCAAACACCUGGGCAAUCUCAGUUUCCAGGUCUGGGAGAAGAUGCAGGGGGCAGUGAAAUACAUGCCUGUAGUUCUAGAUCCAAACACAACACAUCCCUACCUCUAUCCAUCUGAAAAUCUGACCAGCCUAAGAUCCGAAGACAAAGGACAGAGUCUCCCAGACAACCCACAGAGGUUUGAUUCAUACCGAGACAUCCUGGGUUCAGAGGGGUUAACUUCAGGGACACACUUCUGGGAUGUGGAAGUCGGAGAAAAUGAUGACUGGAGGGUAGGGGUGGCCGGUGGGUCUGUUAGUAGGAAACAGGGGUUAGAUGAAGAAGAAAGUUGAAUAUGGGCUGUUGGGGUAGCUAAUGGUGAACCUUAUAAAAUGAAGAAGAAUACUCAGAGGAUCAGAGUUUCGCUGAAGUGGGACAAACAGGAGGUGUCCUUCAUUGAUCUUAGUUCAUACACACAAACCCUCCGAACAUUGAAUCACAAAUUUACAGAGAGUACGUAUCCAUACUUUUAUUUGUUAAAUGGUCAACCACUGCAGAUCCUUCCAGAGAAAGUCUCUGUAAAGGUGGAAAACCAUGAACA